GGCACGGACAUGACGGAAGUGACGGAACAUGGAUAUAAAUACAGUUUUUACUUCCGUUUCAACAGCAGGAAUUUGUCGGUAAGCUCACCCCGGCUUAAUUCGUACUUCACCCACCGAGUUUCGUCUGACUCCGCAAACAUUGGACGAAGUUAAGGAAUUACAGGAACGGGCGGAGACGAAUAAGGUAUAGGAGGCUGUAAAAGCUUGGAACCUAGCAGACAUCAAACCAAGAGGGCGCCCCACACAAGGAAUUACAGGAACGGGCAGAGACAAAUAAGGUAUAGGAGGCUGUCAAAGCUUGGAACCUAGCAGACAUCAAACCAAGAGGGCGCCCCACACAAGCAGAGCUGAAAUAUACCGACAAACUACUGAGUACCAGAUUUAUUGACUGCAGUCAGGAAGAGAACAUUGUUGAACAUAUCACAUCAUAUCAAGUCUUGUAAGAUGUCGCCAAAGGACCGAGCAGACCAGGCGGAGCAGCGCUCACCUCUCCGUCUCCCCAACAAGAUCUCUGACGCUUCUCCAACCAUUACAAGCCAGCUAAGAUGCAGCAUCAAAGAGGAGAUAGAAGAACACAGGCAAGACGACACCUUGACUCGUUUCUUCCUUCAGAUGGCCACCUUCACCUCUCUCCUCCCUCCACACUGGGAGAGCUACCCGUCGGACCUUAAGAUGUUCCUGGAGAAGGAGAUGUUUGACCCAGUCCUGGGUCACAUUCUUCAGUCCGAGGGCUUGAUGAACUGGUGCCCCUCCGUCAGGAAAGUGUAUCCAUUGAUAACUCCAGGUGAUGGCAACUGCCUGCUGCACGCCGCCUCCCUGGCAAUGUGGGGGAUCGAAGAUGAUGAACUGGUUCUGCGUACCGCCCUCUUUCGGCUUCUGAGGGACGACAGAAACGAGAGGAACCACAUGCGGUGGCAGAGGGAGCGCAUGAGAGCAGAUGCCGGUAUCCCAGGCAGUGGUCUUAUGUACAAUACCACAGAGUGGGACAGUGAGUGGGAUCUCAUUAAAGAGCUCGCAAGUCCUAAACGACGCCCGAUGACAGCACAUGGGCUCCCCUACGAGAGCCUGGAGCAGUUUCACGUCUUCAUGUUGGCCAACAUGCUGCGUCGUCCCAUCAUCGUAGUGGCCCAGGACAUGAUGCGCAGCCAGUGGGGUCACUCCAUCCAGCCCCAGGAUGUGCAGGGGAUCUACCUUCCACUCAACUGGGAUCCCGCUGUCUGCUGUCGCUAUCCCAUUCUCCUCGGUUUCCACCAGAACCACUUCACCCCGCUGCUGUGCACGGCCAAGCUGGACUCGGAGGACGACCUGGACAACUAUCUCUUUCCCAUCGUCCAGCAAGACUACACCCCGAUGAAGGUGCAUUUCUUGGAGGAGGAAGAAGAAAAGUUUGUUGAUAGCCUUCUCCAAAAGUACCUGAUCAUCGAAGAGAUCACCCACAUUGGGAAGAGUCUCAGCCGAGCGCAGGAGCUCCCAGGAGCUCGACUUGUUUCCCAAAACAGCCAUCCUGAUCUUGAUCUCAUGAUUCCCUACCUUGCACUUGCUGAGACCCAUUACCGGCACUACUUGGAGGGGGAAUAUGGAAACACCGUUGAGAGUACUCCAGCGAUUGAAGCAAGAGGAAAGGCAGAUGUUGCAUUGGGGAAAGACCCACAGAAGCUUCAGUCAUUGCAGGAACAGCCAAGAUCAUUUCCAUCUUACAGCAUCCCUACAGGUCCCCAGCCAGGCAAGACUUCAUGGUCUGGCCAAGGAGCACCCGUGGGUCAGCCAUCAGAUGCAACCCACAACGCAGGAUUCGUUGCCUCCAAGAACCUUCCCUACAAAAGGGAAUUCUCUCUGGUCGAACAGUCCUGCAAGACAGAAGGGUGUGUCUACUAUCGCUCUGUCAGCACUGGGGAGUAUUGCCAUGAGUGUUCCCAAAAGCAAAGCCAGGGCAACAAGUGUCAGGGGGAGGGAUGCCUUAACCCAGCUGAACAGGGCUGCCAAGGGCUCUGUCGGGUCUGCUUUGACCAGAAGAAGCUGACGGAAGACCCUAUGGUCAACGCCACGGCUCCUUCAUUGAGCAAAAUGAGUUUAGAUCCUAAUGUCAACGUUGGGCCAUCUAAGAGAGAUGUGGAUAGUCGUUAUUGGUACGGCAAAGGAGACGAUGGACAGAAUCCUGGAAGCAACAUCCCAACAGAGCAGGGACAAAUGCCUCCCCACCUGGGGGUAUCUUCUACAGGAUCUGCAGGGUUGGCAGUUAGAAGGAAGGAGCCAGUGCUCGAAAAGGCAGGUCCAACCCAGGGUCUAGCAAAAAGUCCAGACAAUGAACUCAACUCCAUGAUUGUCCAUCAGAAGCUGCCAACCAAGAAGUGCAUCAUGCCAGAGUGUCCCUUGACCGGAGAGCCCACCAAGAAUGACAUGUGCAGCAAAUGCUACGCUGAGAACCUCCAAGUGGAGCAGGAAAUAGAAAAGUCAAAGAUGCAUAGGCAACCUGCAACUGUGGAACCCCCUGCUUACUCCGCAUUAGCGACAGCCGCCUGUGCAGCCAGCAGCAGCGCAAGUGCACUCCCACAAGCCUCAGCAGCUGCAGCAGCCUCCGGCAAGUUGUUGUAUCCGGAGAAGAAGCCAACCUUCACUGUUCAAAAGAGCAUCUGUGCCACCGCUGGCUGCUCGGGAAUCCGUCUUGACAAGCCACCAUAUAACGGAUACUGCAUCAGCUGCUACAACCAGAAUAAUAAUAUCCCCAACCAGGCCACAACUGCUGAAGUGAGAAACCUAGGAAUCUCAAAGAAUCAGGUCAACCCCAAUCUCAUCCAAAAUGGAAGAAGCCAAGACCAGUUUAGACCAACAGGCCCCAGGGGAAUUGAUAAAUAUUAUAGUACCGCACCACAAGCAAAACAGGCCGAGAGACGCUCGGGAGAAGCCCAUCAACCACUUAUUUACCAAGCUGCAGCUAAAGUUGAAACCACUACCGAGAGUCCAGCUCCUCAGUGCGCUGGUCGUCGAUGCAACAAUCUGGCUGCCCCACCCAAGUUCAUUCUGUGUGAGGAGUGCAUUCCAAUUGCAGAGCUGUACAAACAGGAAGGUACAGGUGGAUCUGUCGAUAAAGAAGCAGUCCGCAGUGCAGCAUUGGAGCCCCAACCAGCCGAACUGAAUCAACCAAACGACGCUGCUAAGCAAGUAGCUGAACCUCCUGGAAGUACCCCAUCUUUGCUCAGCAAGACAGCAGCUGGUUUCAAGAACAUCCGUGUCCAACGUGUCAAAUGCCAAGUGCCCGGAGGAUGUGCAGAUGAUAUGUACGGUGAUCCAGCGUUGAAUAAUCUGUGCUCUCGCUGCUCCGCAAAGAUGUUGAUGAGACGUACCCGCACCAGAGCAUCUCCCCCACUUAAUCAAGCCGAGCCCCGGCCGACCCAAUCCCCUGUCCACCAGUACCACACGGCACCAUUAAGCCCCUCCCCCCGCAUCGGCCAAGUCCCACCCAGGGCCCAGACAGAGUUCCUGUAUGCCGGGCCAGAGAGAGGCCAAAGAGAAUUAGGGAUCCAGAAACGACACACCUUACCGGCCAACUUUCAGAAGUGUGCCCAGCCCAAGUGCCCGAACCAAGCCAACUUGCAGAUCCUUGAUGGGUUGUGCAACACCUGCCACCGGGUCUACCGGAACCAGGGCUACGCUCCUGAACCCUUGCCAAUCAACCCUGACCCCCUGGUUGGCAACAGAGGGCGCUAUGCCCAGCCGAUGGUGCCAGAGGCACAGUUUUACCCGCCGGGUUACAGCUCCAGGGAGGAGAAGAUUCUGAAUAUCGAGUCCGGUCCCAGAAUUCCUCCGAGGCCGGAACGCAAUCGCACCGACAUGGGUUGCCUUAGCGAGGGAUGCACUAACUACGGUAACCCCCGUUGCCAAGGUUACUGCAACAGCUGCUUCAGACUUCUCAAAAAUUAGAAGCCAUAUGGAGCACAGCCCAAGCGUCAAAUUUUUUGGCAUUCAGGUAAUUUGCCCAAACUAAUACGGAAAGAACUGUAAAAGCAACCCUGUGGAUGCAUGUACAUAUUUAUCGCGCGAAGGAAGAGGGAAGACAUGUGUUGAUAUUUUGCUUUUUAUUAAGGACUUACUAGCAGAGCAAUUGUUAAUGCACGUUCAUAGCCACGCGUGUUAAGCUAACAAAUGAGGCAAAUCUUUGAAACUGAUAAUUGUGUUGGACCUACAAGUCAGAAACAAUGUCAUACAAAUUAUGAUUCUAAAGUUUUGGUUUAUUUGACAAACAAGUUAUGAGUGAUUUUUUAAAGUAGUUUAUAUUUGUUAUCUCAUAUGUAUAUUUAUACACAUGUUGUUUAUAAAGGUCUAAUUACAUAGCUGACACACAGACUGAAAUGUUCUUAAUGGAAAAGCAGCAUUAAUAAGUUAAAAUUAAAAGCUGUUUUGCAAAAACAGAGCGCUAUACAGAACAUUUACCCUAACUCCCUAGGCAUUUGCUAGGAUGUAAACUGCGAAAUCCUCCAACUGCCUUCAUGUAAAAAUUGCAUACAGCCUCAAUCCUCCAAAAUCAUCAGUUAUUUUUGUUUAAUGUGGUCCUUGGAAGGGUGACCACUGCCUCGAUCCUGCAAACUCCUCCAGCAUUCCCUGUCAAUAUGUUGAGGCAAAGCCAGUGACACCCUGGAGCAGUGUGGAGGAUUUCAAGUGUAAUAUAGACCUAAGUGUAUGCAUGGUUGAGCAUUAACAACACAAGGUCAAGUUUAAGACCUUGAAACAGUGCAUCCUCAGAAAACGGCCACAAAACUUUGCCAUAAAGCUAGUCAAUCCUGCAAAGUCCUGCAUUUUGUAGAGAUGAGUUGGAGGAUUUGGGAAGGUUAGGAUUAAUGAAACUUGUUCCAUUUAACAGUGGCAGCAAAAGGAAUGAAUUUUGUAAAUAAUAGCUUUAAUUCAAGUACUUCUCUUAGUGCACAAUACAGCUACAUUUCAGUAAUUCCAUGGUGAAGAAUCGGCUAAAUAUUCAUUUUAUGCAUUUACACAUGUAAUUAAUUCUUCGCAUUUAAUCAACUCUUUGUACUUAAUUCGCAAUAACUUGUCAUUUCCUUUUCGAAGGAUCAGCUUUUCCCAAGUACAAUGAUUGUAGUUUACUAAAUUAGUUAUAGGGUUGCACAAAACGUCUGUAUGCUGGUAAUUGUUUGCUGUACAUAAGCAGACUAUAAUGAUUGUCAUGUAAUAUGAUUAUUAAUAUUUUCUUUUUUUAUUCAUAAAUACCUAUGGCAAUUUACCCAAUCCCAUUGGUCAAGAGCUUGUCACGUGGCCUGUUUUAAAUGGUUGAUAGAGACUGGCUGGCUGGUCUUAAUUGCUUUUCCAGUGUCACAGGAAAUUGGGACUCCGUUGAAUUUGAAAUCCAGUUCCUGCACCGUGUUAUUGGUUUGAACGUUCACAAUCCUCAUGUAGUAUGCAAUACCACCAGUGAGUAAGAAUUUCAUAGUCCUAAAUGCUCACUGCACUGAUGUUGCGUGAAUUUAGGUUGUCUGUAAUACGGGCUAAUUGGUGGUGUUGCACAUGCUCAUGCAUAGAUAAUUAGGAGAGGGACCGGUCACAUAAGAGGGUUUAACCAAUAAAAGGGAAAAGUAGUCCGAUUUUCACAGGAGUCUGAUUUUCAUAUCACACCGGCACAGCUGUGCUCUGCGCCACAUCGCGUAGUACGCAGAUCUCCAUAUAGGGAGUUGUUUAUUCAAUUCAAUUCAAUAGACAUUUAUUUCUAUACAUUGCAGAGAAAAUAGAAGAAUGAAUAAUAAUGGGUAAGAUAAUUAAACAAAUGCAUGGAGGCCAAUACACAGAAAGCAACAGCUUGUUACGGAAGGCCUAGAUAUUUACAUGUAUACACUACAUUCAGAAGAAUUAAAUAAGAACAGUGAGCAGUAAAUUAACACAAAAGUAGUCAAUAGUACAAUACUUGUAAUGUCAAAUCAAAUCAAAUCAAAGGCGAAUGCAGAUGGACAAAACGCUGACAGAACAGAGAGACAUAACUUUACAUAAUAUAGCUAGAGGAAUGUUACGAAAAACAUAAAGUAAAAUUGUUGAGCAAAAUCGUUGGAAAUUUAUACUUUUUACUUAUUUUGACCGACAAGUUUUGAUUUUUUUUUUUUGCCGAAAAGGCCUUCAGCUCGGGUAAGUAUCAGCAUCCAGACUCCAACUGAUUUUAAACUUAGUGUUUCAAGUUUCAUACCGGCCAAGCACACAUUAAUUCCCUUAUGAUGAAACUCUCACGGCCAAAAGUCCCAAUUGCGGUUGAAUGUGCAUUUCAUUAAUUUAAAAAGUUAAAAAAGUUACACAAUAGUCACUUAAUUUCAAUUUAUAUUAUAUGUAUAAGUGUCGUAUAUAUUAUUUGUAUAUAUUCUGUGUCUUUUCCUUAAUUUAACAGUUUUGGCCUGCAGACAUUGCAAUUUGUCGAUUAUUACUUUGACUCUGAAACACAUUUUUCGUUUUGGUGACUUUGAUUUAAAUUUGAACCAGGUUUGGAUAAAUGGUGGACCUUUCAAUUCAACACAAUUUGCUCCCAAAAAUGUCAAAAUAUCAAAAAGAAAAAUUAGAGGCAUUCAAAUACAGGAUGUUAAUUGGUUUCUAAAAUGUUAAGAAUUUCAAAGAUUUGUCUCUACUCAGAAAUAAAAUAUUAAACAGAUCAUUAGAAUACAGUUACUGUAAAAACA